CCCUGAAUUCCUGGUAUAGAGUUUCGAACAGAUAAUGAAUAGAGGAGAAAAUUUAGAUUCCAUCCCGAUUGAUCUCGUUCUCGAGAUAUUCUCGAGAUUGUCUGCAAAAUCAGUCGGGAGGUGUUGUUGCGUGUCGAAGCUAUGGAGGUCCACACUUGUCCGUCCAUAUUUCACUGAGUUGUUCUUGACCAAGUCCACGGAUCAUCCACGUCUCUUAUUUAGGGUCAGAAGAAAGGAUGAGUGGCUCUUCUUCUCAUCGCCUCAGCCUGAUCAUAAUAAUCUUUAUGAGAAGUCGUCGUCUCUUGUAAUAGCCGCCGCCGAUUUUCAUAUGAAGUUUUCUAAAGACAUAAGCCAGUACAAUUGUAGCUAUGUUUCUAGUUUGAUCUAUUUUCCUAAUAUUCGGAUCCAAAAGGAGGGUACGGCUCCGCUGCGGGUUAUAUGUAACCCUAUCACGGGACAAUAUUCCAUCUUACAACUGGUAACGUACAAAGAGAUAAGAAGCCUUUUAGGGUUUGAUCCGAUUGACAAACAAUUCAAGGUAUUGCGCAUGAGUCAUGGAUGCGUACACCAUGUUCUGACAUUAGGAACUAGAAAAAUGAAGUGGAGGAAGAUCCAAUGUCCCUUAGCCCAUUCUGAGCCUAUAGGGAAAGAGAUAUGCGUCAAUGGGGUUUUGUGUUACUUUGCUGAACCAAUUGAUGGAACACCGUCUUUGUUGAUUGUUUGCUUUGAUGUUAGAUCUGAGAAAUUUAAGUUUAUUGACGCAAAAUGCUUUUAUGAUAAAUUACCAGAAUUGAUCAACUAUAAGGGUAAAUUAGGUGGGAUUAUUUGGAAUUGGAAUUGGAAGUGUGAGUACACUGGUCAAAGGCAUACCAACUUGUGUAUGUGGGUUCUAGAGCCUGCCGAGAAACAAGAAUGGUCCAAAUAUGUCUACACUUUGCCGAAGGAUCAAUUAUGUGAUUCCUACUAUUUUUCUGUUGCUGGAGUUACUGGUAAAGGUGAUAUUGUUUUUUUGGGCACCAUAACGUCUACUCCGUUUUAUGUUUUCUACUUAAAUCCCGAAAGGAACAUUCUCCAACGCGUUGCAAUCCUUGGUAACCAUGAAGUGUUUACCCAGCGGGAUCCAGUUUACGCCUUUGUAGACCAUGUAGAGGAUCUUAGUUUUAAUAUUAUGAAGAAAACAUAUGUUGCAACAUCUAUAAGCCCACCACCAGAGCAGAAACCUAACCCCACGAGCACAGAAGCAUUGUCUAGAAAGGUUCAUCAUCAUGUAAGGACCAUUGCUCACCGGCUACAAGAUCGUCCUUCGUUUGAGAGUAUUAAUAAAUUUAAUGCUUUGCAUCUUUUAGAUGACGAUGAUGAAUUUACUACUGCUCCCCCGCGACAGAGUCGUCGUUUAUUUGAGAGCAUUAGCAAAUUUGAAGCUAAGUGUCCUCUAGAGGUUGAUGAAGUCACAGUUGUCAAAACCUAUGAAUGUGACACUUCUCAUCUAAGAAAUCAAGUUUUUAUGGUCAAGUCAGAGCCGUGGCUGAAGUUGUCUUUAUAUUAUUCAUCAAUCUCGUCCGACCAAUUCAACCGCCGUGAGAGUUGUUGA